GCCUUGCAGGGUGACGCCCACUGGCCGCUCCCCGAUUGGUCGGGAGGUGGGGCGAGCGGCCUGGGCCCGACUCGACUCGGGCCUCCUUCCAGCCAAGCUGCAAAUUCCCACGGGCCUCGUGGGGCGUGGCGGGGAUGGGGUACGAGGCCAUGCCCAUGCGCCCCAGCUGCCAGGGGGCCGCACAGCAGGCCGCCGGGUCCGGGCGGCAGCGAGCCCUGGAAGACCCAAGCGCGGAGCGCCAGCGGCAGCGCCUGCGCGCGGGGACCUCGGCCGCUCGGCCGGCUCCUCCGGCCGCGUGCUACGCCUCCACCUCCCGCUCCUUCUUCCUCGGCAUUGGCAGCUGCGGCUCGCAGCUCAGGGCCAGGGCCACAGGGCCAGUGAGGCGGGGGCCCGGGGAAGGCGGGGCUCCCCAGGAAUCCUGGGUGGCCUUAGCUGUGGGAGGGGGCCUUCAGGAGGCAGGGGCCCGCGGGCCUCCCGCUGCCAUGGCAGGGCUGGGAACAGAGCAGGCACUAGCGGGUGGCAGGUGCGAGGAGGCCAGCAGCCUGAGGGUGGAGGCCGUGCGGGAGUGAGUGGCGGCGGCAGCGGCAGCAGCUGCAUCGACAGAGGCGGAGGUUGUGGGCAUGGGGGAGGCGUUGGCGCUGCUGUCGGACGACAUGGAGGAGGUGGUGGCGGAGGAGGAGCAGGAGGAGCAGGAGCCGCGGGAGGAGGAGGAGGAGGAGGAGGUGCAGGCCAAGGAGCGGGAAGAGAAGCCCCGGAAGCAGGGGCGCGCAGAGCCAGGGAGCGGACCCCCGACCUCUCUGAGCCCGCUGGAGGCGCUGGGUGCCCUUCAGUUAGAGCAGAGCGCUGUGAACGCCCAAGCCAGCGGGGCCUACUUGCGGCUCAAGCGCAGGAUCCGACGGAGGCGGGAGCCUCGUUUGGAUCGAAGAAAAGCCAUCAUCCAGGACAUCCCCGGCUUCUGGGCCAAACCUGUAUACUUGCUGCUGCUGCUACUGCUGCUGCUGCUGCUGCUGCUGCUGCUGCUGUUGCUGCUGCUGCUGCUGCUGUCGUCCGCGGCCAGGUGUGAGCUGCAAGAGGCCCCCGUCCCGGGCAAGACUACGGGACCCCAGACACGCCCUCGGGUGGGCUCCGAGCCCGGCCUCCACCGGGCCUUCUCGUGCAGGCAGAAGCACGUGCCCUCCCCGUUGCACCCUCUGUCGGCCUUGAUCAGUGACCGAGACGAAGGUGUGCGGAGCUACAUGAUCCAGCUGCAGGCGCAGGAACUGGGCCGCCCCGAGUACCGCUGCAGACUGAUGUUCUUUUUCCGGAGCAAGCCCUACUUGUGCAACCAAGUGAUCCUUAAGGAGUAUCACCUUAGCUUCGCAGGCUAUAGGGCGUAUAGUUCCACUCCAGUCCAGUGGUUCUGGGAUUACGAACGGGGAGCCCCCAGCCGCAGGCAGGACACCGUCAGUCUUCACUUCCUCAACUGGUUGUCAGGCCACAAGUGCCCCGGGUCUAACGGGAUUGCUGAGGUGGGGGUCCCUCGGGGCCUGGUCGGAAAUGGCGACGUCGGCGGUGGCCAGCUGCUCGGGGAAGGGGUGUGGGCCCUGUCCCGACCUGCCCGUUCCCUCUGCCAGAUCAUCGGCGAGGACCUGUGGCCCAACCCCCUGCGCUGCUACCCGAGGGAGCAAGGCGCCGGGAGAGGUAACUGA